AUGGCGAAACUCAGCCUACUACUUGGACUUCUCAUCUUGUUCACCCCUUCUCUCUCUUGUCCUGAACAUCAAAAACAAGCCCUUCUUCAAUUUAAAGCCUCUCUCAUCAAUGCUACUACUUCUUUUUCACCAAAAAGCCCUCCUGUUUUGUUAGAAUCAUGGAAUUCCAGCUUAGAUUGUUGCCACUGGGACAUGGUCAAUUGUAGUUCUCGCUUUCAUUCAAGGAAUGUGGUUGCUCUAUAUCUGGAGGACCUCAUCUGGUCGAAGGAGCCCAUAGUGUUGUCUUCCACCAUCUUAACACCGCUCUUUCGCAUUAGAAGCUUGACGCACCUAGUCAUGUCCUGGAAUCAAAUACAAGGAGAAUUGCCAGGUGACGGCUUUGCCAAUCUGACAGAAUUGGUUCAUCUUGAUUUGAGGAUAAAUAAUGGCUUCAAUGGCUCCAUUCCUUCUCAGCUUUUUCACUUGAAGCAUCUUCAAUACCUUGAUAUAAGUUUAAAUUCAUUUCAGGGAAAUAUCCCUAAGGAGAUAGGGAAUAUGACAAAGUUGCAGCAUUUGUUUCUUCACAGGAACAAAUUAUUUGGGGAAAUUCCAUCUUCAAUUCUGAAUUUAAAGGAAUUGAAAACAAUGGAUUUGAGUCACAAUUCAUUGUCAAUGGAAAUUCCUGUUGAUAUUAGCAAUCUAGCCAACAUGACCAAUUUGGACUUGAAUUGCAACAAGCUCACGGGUACAAUCCCGUCAACCAUACAGAAUUUGACGAAAUUGGAAAUACUUAAUUUGGAAAGCAACUUGCUCAUUGGAGAUAUUCCAUCCAAGCUGUUCAAUAUCAAGGGUUUGAAGAGCCUUCUUCUUGGAGGAAAUAAUCUCACUUGGAAUAACAAUGCAGAGAUAGUGCCAAAGUUUACGCUAUCUGAGUUGUCUAUGAGGUCUUGUGGUCUUACAGGAGAAAUUCCAAGUUGGAUUUCUACACAAAAGACACUUGAAAUUCUGGACUUGAGUGAGAACCAGCUAGAAGGAAUGUUCCCACAAUGGCUUGCUGAAAUGGAGGUUGGAACUAUAAUUUUGUCAGAUAACAAUCUUACAGGUUCUCUCCCACCUCGCCUCUUCAACUCUCCAAAGUUAUAUGCUCUUUCCUUGUCUGGAAACAACUUUUAUGGAGAACUUCCAAACAACAUUGGUAAUGCCACUACACUUGGGAUUCUUACGUUGGCUAGAAACAAUUUUUCAGGGAAGGUUCCUGAAUCCAUCUCCAAGAUUUAUGGCCUCUAUUUAUUGGACUUGUCAAACAACAAAUUUUCUGGCAGCACUUUACCAGAUUUUAGUUCCAACGUACAACUCCAAAUGAUUGAUUUUUCUUCAAAUGAAUUCUCAGGUGAAAUUCCAACCAAAUUUUCCCAAGAAACUAUAAUCCUAGCUUUGGGAAAAAAUAAGUUUUCUGGUAGAUUGUCUAGAAACUUGACUAAUAUGAGCAAGCUUGAACACCUAGACAUCCAUGACAACAAAAUCAAAGGUGAAUUGCCUAACUUUUUCUGCCAAAUCUCCACCCUUCAUAGUCUAAUUUUAAGAAACAACUCUCUCCAAGGUUCAAUCCCUAUUUGUAUUUCCAAUCUUACCAGCCUCCAAAUUCUUGAUCUCUCAAGCAACCAUCUUGUUGGAGAAAUCCCUAAAGAGUUUGGAAAUCUUGCUAGUAUGAUUGAAACACCUGAUGGAGUUUCAUAUUUUAAUGGUUUUGGAACAAAUAAUUACACCACUGUCCCCAAGAUUAAUGAUAUGAUAGUGAACUGGAAGAAGUCAAAACAAGGUCUAUCAUUUCACAACCUCAAGUACUACUCUUUGUUAGACUUGUCAAUGAACCAACUUUCUGGUAAAAUUCCAACUUCAUUAGGAAGGCUGAAGGCUCUAAAGCUUCUCAAUGUCUCACUUAACAAUUUUUAUGGGAGAAUACCAGCAAGUGUUGGUGAUUUAAAAAAUCUGGAGGGUUUGGACUUGUCACGUAACAAUCUAUCAGGUUCAAUUCCACAAUCACUAGCAAUGUUGCUACAACUGACUAUUUUGGAUGUGAGUAACAACAAGCUCACGGGUAAGAUUCCAAUUGGUAACCAGAUGGAUACAAUGAAUAAUCCUAACUUUUAUGCCAACAAUAGUGGAUUGUGCGGAAUGCAAAUUCAAGUAUUAUGUCCAGAAAACUCAUCAUCAACAAAACCACCAGAGGUUGAGAGAAAGGAAACAUGGUUCUCAUGGGAAGGAAUAGUGAUUGGAUAUGUGGUUGCCUUCUUUGUAACUGUGGCAAUCCUAUAUCUAACUGAGUAUUGUGUACCUGUAAAACCUCCAAAUCACCAUAGUCAACAAAGAAGGCAAAGGUUCUUGAAAUCCAAGUUUGAAGUUCAAGGACGAGUCAUUAACAACUAUGAGGAGUUGUGUGUUAUUAUUGGUUGCAAUGAUCCACCUGAAAGCUCAGUCAAUAUAGCUGAGAAUAAUUUGGAUUUAAUUGCUGAGAAUGAAGCAGUGGUUGCUGAGGAAACGUACUAUAAUGAGGUUGACAAUGCAAAAGAUAAAGGAAAGUACAUAUCUUGGACAGAUGAGAUGGAUCGAUGCUUAGCACAGUUGCUAGUCCAGCAAGUGAUGUUGGGAAAUAAGCUUGAUAAAAAUUUUAAGCCUGUAGCUUAUAUGGCUGCUCUUACAGUUCUCAAUGAGAAGUUUGGGUUGGACUUGACAAAGGAAAACAUAAGAAACCGGUUGAAGACAUGGAAGAAACAGAAUGGACUUGUUAAGGAACUCCACUCCCAUGGUGGGUUUGAGUGGGAUGAGAGAUAUAAGAUAGUUGUUGCAACUGACUCUGAUUGGAAUGAAUACAUCAAGAGGUAUCCGAAUGCAAGGCAAUUGCGAGCCAGGUCUAUUGAAAAUUAUGAUGACUUGCGAAUUAUAGUUGGCAAUGAGGCACCAGAUGGACAUUGGUUUGAAGCUGGUGCCACACUUAGACUUGAAGGUAAUUCUACUUUCAACGAUAAAGAGCACGUUGAAACCCCGGUACAGAUGUUUGCUAAUGAAGAAAUGUCACAUGAAGAUACUAGUGAUGGCAUGCAAGUUUCAUCUCAGCAGACAAGGGCUGUUGAAGAGGAGGCGUUCAAGUGA